AUGGAUUCCAAUUCCGCUGUACCGUUUCCGGACCUCAACAGACCCGCCGCCAUCGCUCCCAAAAUCGUACCCAAGCUCGAACCGCUAGACGAACCGACGACGCCGGCGCCGGCGCCGGCGCCUCCGCAUCCGGCCCUAUACUUCUCCGACGACUCUCCAUCCGCCGCCCCUCCCGGAUUCUCUCCCUCCAGACCCGACUUCUCCUCCGACUUCCAUCGUAUCUCUGAGCUCUUCCGCUCCACCGUGGACCGGAGAUUAGGGGAGCAAGCCUCCACCUCCGCCGCCGCCCCACCCGCACCCGCACCCGCACCUGCACCCGAAGGCGACCCGGAUUCUCGGGCCAUCAUCCCCGUCCCCAACCCGGAGACCCAGGUAUCUAACCCCGCCCCCCCUCCCCGAAAAUACCCGACCCGCUCGGCGGAGCUGGUCCGGAUCGAGGGUCUGCAGCCCCACGAAGAUCGCUACUUCCGGGAAAUUAUCCGCAAGAUCCGGAUGCUGUUCGACUCGCUGCGCGUGUUCGCAAUCGCAGAGGACGAGCGUCGGAUGGAGCCGAUGCGCCCGCACAGGAGAACCCGAGGUGACCUAAGGGCGUCUGCUUGUAUGAGGAAGCGGGAGUUGUGGCAGUUUCGGAAUAAGCGCAUCGUGGGUCACCUCCCCGGCGUUUUAAUUGGGGACGUUUUCUUCUUCAGGAUGGAGCUUUGCGUGGUGGGUUUGCAUGGGCAUCCCCAGGCCGGGAUUGAUUAUGUUCCCGCUAGCCAGAGCCAGAACGGAGAGCCAAUUGCCACUAGCAUCAUAGUCUCUGGAGGUUAUGAGGACGAUGAGGAUGCAGGGGAGGUGAUUGUCUACACAGGCCAUGGUGGCCAAGACAAGAACAACAGGCAGGUUGUGCACCAGAGAUUGGAGUGCGGCAAUUUAGCUCUCGAGAGGAGUAUGCGCUAUGGUAUCGAGGUGCGAGUUAUCCGUGGCUUCAAAUACGAAGGGAGCAUCAGUGGCAAAGUCUACGUUUACGAUGGUUUGUAUAGGAUAAUCCAAACAUGGUUCGAUGUGGGGAAAUCGGGGUUUGGGGUCUUCAAAUUCAGGCUCUUGCGGAUCGCAAAUCAGCCAGAAAUGGGUAGCACUGUCAUGAAAUUCGCGCAGAGGUUGAGGGCUCGACCGCUGGAAUUGCGUCCCAGGGGCUACCUCACUCUCGACCUCUCCAGAAACAAGGAGAAUUACCCUGUCUUCCUUUUCAACGACCUCGACACAGAUCAAGAACCCCUCCACUAUGAGUACAUCACCAGGACCUGCUUCCCUCCUCAUGUGUACGGUCCCGGGAGCACCUGGGGAUGCAGCUGCUUCGGCUCGUGCACGGCCGGCUGCCUUUGCGCUGUCAGAAACGGGGGCGAUUUUGCAUACAACCUUGCGGGAAUUCUGGUGAGGGGGAAGCCAUUGGUGUUCGAGUGCGGGCCCCACUGCUGCUGUCCGCCCACUUGCAGAAACCGCGUGGCCCAGAAGGGGCCGCAGCACAGGUUUGAGGUGUUCAGGUCGAGGGAGACAGGAUGGGGGCUGAGGUCAUUGGACUUGAUCCUCGCGGGCACCUUCAUUUGCGAGUAUGCAGGGGUUGUGCUCACUCGCGAGCAGGCAAAAGUACUCACGAUGAACGGAGAUAAUCUCAUCUACCCGGCCCGUUUUGCCGAGAGGUGGAGGGAGUGGGGUGAUAUGUCUCAGAUUUUCGUGGACUAUGUUUGCCCGACUUAUCCCUCGGCGCCUCCUCUGGACUUUGCCCUGGAUGUCUCGAGGAUGAGGAAUGUAGCAUGCUACAUUAGCCAUAGCACGAUGCCCAAUGUUUUUGUUCAGCUCAUGUUGUAUGACCACAACAAUAUGUCUUUUCCUCAUUUAAUGCUUUUUGCUCUGGAGAAUAUCCCGCCGAUGAGGGAGCUUAGCCUUGAUUAUGGGGUGUUAGACGAGAGCAUGGGGAAAUUGGCUAUCUGUGCUCCUUGA